AUGGCAAAAGAUCUAUGUGGAGAAGAAUUUGUUGUGGCAAGAAAUCUUUUAUAUGCAAUCACUUUAGUUGUUAACUUAUGGCUAGGAGGAAGAUGUCUCAUGAGUUUGGUAGAAUAUGUUGCCUCUGCACCCUUGACGCUGUUAUUAAAGCUUGAUGGUGGGAUACAACCAAUAACCGCAGGUUCUAUUUGGAGGCAGUUGGUAUCCAAGGUUGCUAUGAAAAAGGUUAGUAAAUAUGUUGCAUAUUAUAUCAAUGAUUUCCAGUUUGGGGUUGGGGUAUCGGGUGGUGCAGAGGCCAUUUUUCAUAUUUCUAACAUGGUUUUAAGCAAGCGACACAAAGAUGGUUCUUUGUAUAUGCUUAGAGUAACAAGUUUGUACCUUAGGGAUGGACAUAUUAUGUCAGCCAUUGGAGUGAAACAGGGUGACUCGUUAGGGCCACUCCUUUUGGAUCUUAUGUUACACCCACUCAUUCAUCAGGUUAGAGUAAAUUGCAAGAUUCUCCUUCAUACUUGGUAUCUUAAUGACGAGACAAUUAUAGGGGAUUCACAUGAAGUGGCUAAAGCCCUCGUCAUCAUUUCGAAGAUAGGUCCAAGAUUAGGUCACAAAUUAAAUAUUCGUAAGACUAAGUUUGAUAAAGAGUUGCGAAGGGCGAUUGAAGAUGUUGUGGUUAGUGGAGGUCCUUUCUUCGAGGAACUUCAAUGGAUAAUGGUUUCUUUACCCAUUAAAGUUUAUGGAUUGGAUCACAUAUUGAGAGACAUUGGGGUAUAUUUCAACAGAGCUUUGGAUGGUCUUAGUGUUGCGAUUCCAGAUUUUGACCUUGCCAAUUUUACUAGGAAAGUCAUCAUCCCUCCUAAAGCACAUGUUUUGGCAAGUUCCUUUUUUUAG